AAACAGGAGGCAUUUCUGUAAAGAGCAGAAUCAAAAGGCAGGAAAUUAACACAAGGAAGUCCCGAUGGCACCUUGGAAUUAAGGGUUACCUUCCUUGCUGCAGCUGCCAGUCUGAAAUCCGGCGGGGGUGUUUGAUCCAGCCUUUUGCAUUUUGCUGGCUUAAAGGAUUGUUGGGUUUUGGGCAACGGCCAAGGUGUGGCUGAGGUGUGGCUGUAAUACCCAGCCUGGCCGCCGCAGCUAGAAAGUCUCGGCUUGCAUAAUGCAAAAAGUUUUCAGGGCCAACCGCUGCUAUCCGGAUUCGUCUCCUUCUUCCUUCACCUUUCGCAACGCAACCGUUUUUUCUCCCCCAGAAGCCACGGCAGGGGAAUGCCCAGGGACACGUCUUACCAAAAGAGGUGCAAUAUCGUUUAGCACCAUUCACCUCCCGCUCCCUUUCCGAUAGCCAGGUUCUGGUUGAUCCUGUGGCUUUCUGGGAAUCUGCUUAGAACUUUGGCAGACCAGAACAAAUCAUCAUCUGGAAGGAAGUCACCAUUUGUGUCAUCCGGGAGAUUGAAGAGGGACCUGUGUUACCUGGAGGGUAAGAUUUCAGCGAUGCCUUUCUUGGUGUGGUUCCAGUUGCUGCUAGUUUUCCCGUGCUUCGGCUCUUCAAGGACUUGCUUUCCAAGAUGCCACUGUGAAGUGGAGAGUUUUGGUCUCUUUGACAGCUUCAGCCUCACCAAAGUUGACUGUAGUGGGAUUGGACCCCACAUAGUGCCUGUUCCCAUUCCCCUGGACACGACCUACUUGGAUUUAUCCUCCAACCAUCUGGAAUCCAUCAACCAGUCCAUGUUGACUGGGCCUGGUUACACCACUCUUGUAGGCCUUGACCUGAGCUACAAUAAAAUCUCCAAGAUGAUUCCCACAACGUUCUCAAGACUCAGGUAUCUUGAGUCUUUGGACCUGAGUCAUAAUUCUUUGGCAGCCAUCCCCGAUGACUGUUUCUCUCAGUCGCCUCUGGGAGAUGUCGAUCUCAGCAACAACCUCCUUUUGGAAGUAACCUUGAAUGUGUUUGCAUCCAAAGGUCAAGGAAAACCGAUCAACGUUGACCUUUCAAACAACUUAAUCAGCCAGGUGUCGAGAUACCAAGAUAAAACCAUUCCUAAUAUUCAAAGCUUAAAUCUCUCGGGGAACAGAUUAAAGAGCAUCCCAGACCUUCAAGGAAUUCCCCUUCGGUACUUAAACCUUGAUGGAAACCCAGUGUCUUCAAUUGAGAAAGGAGCCUUCUUGGGACUGAAAGGCUUAACGCACUUGUCCCUCAGUGGGAUUCUCCAUCUCUUGGACAUUUUGCCUUUUAGCUUCAAAGACCUAUCUGCUCUCCAAGUGCUUGACUUAUCCAAUAACCCCAACAUUAAAGCCUUGAACCCCAAGGUUUUUUACAGCCUAAAUUCUUUGCAAGAGCUCAACCUGUCGGGCACAGGGGUGGCAACCACUUUGUCAAAACCUAUGUUGAAAUACUUGCCUUCCAUCAAAAGUGUGGCCUUAGGCAAGAACAUCAGGUGUCUCAAGACGAUUCGGGAAGUCCAGUACCACAGAGCAGCUGGGCUGAGCAAGAAAGAGGUCCUAAGUUGUCACAGCGGCCCCGGAUCUGUAGCACCGUACGUUUUGUGACACAGGACUAAGGAGAUGACGAGACUCUUCUUUUAAAAAGCCACAAAUGUGCCUUCUGUAAAAACGGUUAAUUUAUAUCUUUUUGUAUAUUUCAAUUCUGGGUUACAAUGAUUGAUUGGAAAGA